AUGUAUGUUUUAUCAACAGUUUCUGGUCAAAGAACGCCAACUAUAUCUCAUAUAACCCAAGAACAGAUCAAAGAUAUUGGAAGUCAAGUGGAUCUGGAUUGCUCGGUACAUUAUGCUCAGGAAUAUCCCGUUCUUUGGUUAAAAUACGACCAGAUGAAGAGUACCCAGUCGCUACCACUGUCAAUGAAUUCUGGACUCAUCAUCCGUGAUUCGAGAUUUUCUCUUCGUUUUGAUGAAGCGUCCGCUACUUACACACUGUCGAUCAAAGACAUUCAAGAAACAGAUGCCGGUUGGUACCAAUGCCAAGUUUUAAUAAACGCUAACAGCAAAAUUACUGGUGAAGUGGAACUACAAGUGAGGCGACCACCCAUCAUAUCUGAUAAUUCAACAAGAUCUAUCGUAGCCAGUGAAGGGGAAAGUGCUAAAAUGGAAUGCUACGCGGGUGGUUUUCCAAUGCCAAAAAUAUCAUGGCGACGUGAGAAUAACGCUAUACUACCGACUGGGGGGUCGAUAUAUCGUGGUAACAUCCUAAACAUAGCAUCAGUACAUAAAGAAGAUCGUGGAACUUAUUAUUGUGUAGCUGAGAACGGCGUUGGCAAAGGAGCGAGGAGAAAUAUUAACUUAGAAGUUGAAUUCUCACCUGUUGUGACUGUACCGAAACCUAGAUUAGGACAGGCUCUUCAAUAUGAUAUGGACUUAGAAUGUCACGUGGAAGCGUACCCACCUCCCGCUAUUACUUGGCUUAAAGACGAAUACGCAUUAUCAAAUAAUCAGCAUUACAGAAUUUCACACUUCGCUACCGCAGAUGAAUUUACUGACACGACUUUACGAGUUAUUACUAUAGAGAAACGACAAUACGGACAAUUUAAGUGUAGAGCACAAAACAAAUUGGGCAGCGAUGAAGGAGUCGUUGAACUAUUUGAAUCCGUUAUACCUGUCUGUCCGCCUGCAUGUGGACAAGCAAGGUAUGGAGCAGCGAGUGUCGGGAAAGCGAGCGAACUCAUCACAGUUGUAGGACUUUAUGUAAUAUGGAGACGGUGA